AUGACUCGACCCAGCCGCGUGGCAAAAGGAACGUUCUUCCUUGCCAACCUCGCCUUGAGCGGCAUCUCGAUCAUCCUGGGCAUCGCCGCCAACGGGCACGGACCGGUGGCCGUGGCCUUCCCCGUGGGAGUGGGCUCGAACUUGUUGAGCAACAUGGUGUUGCAGGACUCGAUGCUGGGAAUCGCGAAGUAUACGAAGAACAUGCGCGUGGGGACAUUGGUAUUGGCCAGUGCGGUGAUGAUCCUUCCUGACGUUGGAGGGGGACCAGCUGACUUGGCGGAAGAUGUCAACGUGCUCCAGCUUCUGACCACUCGCAAGGCGAUGUUGUUUGUCGGCGCCUGCGCCAUCGUCUUGAUAUUCGGCCUCUGGGGAGACUUGCGCGCAGCUGGGCAUCCACCAACGACUCCCUUCUAUUCGGGUAUGCUUUAG